AUGCGAAUUGGCUCCGCCGUCACCACCGGCACCAUGGUCUCCGGUCGAGGUAAGAGUUAUAUUUUCCUGACAGCCCCUUUACCUCGAGCGCCCCCACCGACGCAGAGACCUUUAACACUUGCUGUAGGUAUACCACAUAGAACGGAGGAGGCGGAGAAGCUCACGAGACUGAGGAAGAAAUGGGAUCAAUGUAUACCAAUCCUUAAGAAAAGCAAACCCCCCCAAGCAAACGCCCCCCAAGAAAACGCCCCCCAAGCUCAAUAUGAAGAUCUGGUCCAUACCCCUGACGCUUCCCAGGAAGCACGAAUAUGUUCGACGUCUGUUCACUUCUCUUCUACAACCCAGAUCGGCAAGAAAUGGGGUGGUGACGCCGGCGGUACAGGCUCCAUACCACUGACGCUUCCGGAGAAGCACGAAUAUGUGGUGACAAGUGCCGGGACGACGUCGGCUCGCUUCUCUUCUGCACCCCAGAUCAGACCGCCAGCAGCGCGGCCGGCUCCGCGAGCCCCAGCGGUGGCUCCACCGAACACCCCCCCCAUCCCCUCGCUUCUCUUCUACAAGCCAGAUCAGCCGGGAGUGGGAGACUGGCAAAGGCAGAUGCCAAAUAACCCGGAGUGCGCGCUCCCGCCAUCGGGCACAGGGGGUACCCCUCGUGGGACCCGGUGGAAGCGGUGGGACUCGAACUCCCCAGUCCGCUUGCUUCUCUUCUACAUGGCGUUGAUCUACAUCGCCAGACCAUCCCAGCCCCGCAACCCGCGCUGCGGGGGAGGAGAGGGCCACGGGUCUAGAGUGGGCCAGAUCUGCCCCGCUUCCGCUCUCCUCUCCCCUCUCCCCGCCGCCCAUGGCUCCUGCACAGGACUCUCCCCUCCCAAGCGGAGCGGACAUUCUUUCACCGCGUAUGGAGGGGAGGUGCGACCUCGACCUCUGUGGUGCGGGGGCACUGUGAAGGGCGGCAUCCACAUUCUCGUAUCUACGUCUACGUUCCUCACGGUGCUCCGGAGCAGUUUCGUCACCUACUGCGGGGGCUGGGGGUCGCAAGUGAGAGCGGCCCGAGGUCCGGCUCGAUGUAUGUUUGCUGCCGGAGAAGAUCCGUCUGGAGGUGCGCAUGCUCCCAGACGGGUUCUUCUCUGGAUGCACAUACAGUAUGCAUGCAUGCUACCGGAGAAAAUCACCCCAGAGUACAUUCUGUUUGUAGAUGGAUUCAGUGUAGAUAGAGUCGGUGUAGAUAGAUUUAGUGUGGAUUGA